GUCCCACCCCUGCCCCACCUCAGUUCCCCAAAAUCCUCCACAUGAAGUUUCCCCCAUCAAAUCAUCAGCCAUGUGACUUCUUCCAAUGUUAAAACACCAUUCCUAUAAUUCCCCCUACUUCCCAGAAAAAAGUACUACUACAUCACUAGAUGGACAUGGAGUACUCCCAAAAUCAAUCAGGGCCACAACAAGAUGAUAAACAAGAAAACAAUGGCCUCAUUCUUGAUCUAAGCCUCCUCUGUAAUUGGGAACAUGCAGAUCAAGCACUCAAAACCAGUGAUAAUUCGCAAGGUAAUGAUGAUGAAACAGAGCACCAGGUUUAUUCAUGUAACUAUUGUCAUAGGAAGUUUUACAGUUCACAAGCCCUUGGCGGUCAUCAAAACGCACAUAAACGAGAGAGAAUUACAAUGGCCAAGAGAAAGAAGAAUAUUGCUAAUUCUAGCAUGAUGGCUUCUCUGCCUAUUAUGCAUGGUUCCUUCCAUAGGUCUUUUGGCAUUCAAGCACACUCCAUGAUUCAAAAGGCUCCCAUCUUUGGUGUACCCGCAAUUCCACUGUCAUAUAUGCAUUCAGUUGGGUGGUCCAGAAGGCGGCUUCAUCAGCUGCCGGCGAUAGGUAGCCUGAUUAUGCCGGAAAGUCACCGCGUGGGAAUGGCAUCAUUGGGUGACAGUGCUGCUAGGUUGAAUGUUGGUUACUUGAACAAAAUUCCAGCAAUUGUUGGUUCUCAUUUGAAGACUAAUCAAGAGGAUCUGAACAAGCUGGAUUUAUCUCUCAAACUCUGAGAGUAGUUACUGCGUUGAAGUAGUAGUAGUAAUUUUUUAUAUAUAUUUUCCUUUUCGUUGGACUGUAGUUUCCUUCGGAUAUGUCUUCCUAUAAAAUUGCUAUUAGAGUGGUAAUAAUGGUUCAUUAUUAGCCUAGGCGGAUUAUAAAUGUUAUUUUGGCUGCUGUCAGCCAAGCGGAAUGCAGAGCAUGUAGUACGGGUUUGGUUUGGCAGAACUUGUAGGGCUGUAUAUGUAUUGAUAAAUUAAGUAAAUAUUUAUUUAUAUGUAAUAAAUAUGAGAGUUGACAAUUUAUCGUA